UUUUUUUUGAUUUUUUCCGUAUACCCAUCAAAUCGUGCAUUUCUUCAAGCCGAUAAACGCGUACGGAAUUCCUCCACGAAAUAAUAUUUAAUAUUAUUCUACGCCAGGCGGAUCUAUGAACCCACAUCGUCCGCGUUUCUUAAGUUUCUUUGUCGUCGCGGACAACAAUAAAUAAUAAUAAUAAUAAUAAUAAUAUCGUCGCGUCGUGUUCGUUACAAUAAUAUUAUUAUUGUUAUUAUUAUUAUUAUUAUUCAAUACCUGGAGACGGUAGAUAAGUUACAUUGGUAACACGUCGAUGGAGAAUAUUGUAUGAUAUUUUAAUAUUAUAUUAUUCAACACUGGACACGACAAUACACGACAACAGCCGUCGCGAACGAAGCCGUAAGCGCGGUUAUCUUAUAAUCUUACAUCUACGCGCGCAGAUAACCGAGGUUGGUACUCGGUGGUGAGAGAGAAAAAAAGAAAACUAAAACACGACCACCGGGCCGACGAAUACAAUUGUGUGACUGUGUGUUAUACUAUUUUUUUCAAUAGGUAUUGUCGUCGUGACGGAGACAGUGAGACACCGAGUUUUUAUUUUCACUAGCGGUGACAUUCGUCGUCGUGACGAGAGCGAGUGAGGUGAAACCAGUGAGCUGUUGAAUUACCGUUCAAUCGUCGCCGAAACGCCGAGCGCGAAUAGUCCACUGGCAAUCGCUGAGUACAUGGAGAUAUUAGUUUGGUCUGACUCCACGUCUGUUUCCCAAAUCUUUUUCUCGAGCGUGUUUCGCGUACGCCGUCGCCAUCACAGACCGGGCACCUAACAGUCGGUACGCCGCAUCGUUGUUUCAUAUUCUUCGCUUAGAUCAACGUCCAUAACCAGUUACAAUGUCCAAAAUACAUAAUUUAAUCUGUUAUAAGAAAAAUAAUACACAAAAAUCGAUGUCUGCUGCUGAAGAAACAUUUGUUGGUGCUAUUGAUGAAGGCACUAGCAGUACACGUUUUUUGGUUUUUUCUUCUAAAACUCACUUGCCAGUAGCUAGCCAUCAAAUGAGUACAACUAACAUAACCUUGAAUGAAGGAUGGGUAGAACAAGAUCCAGAAGAAAUUCUAAUGAAAGUCAAAGAAACUGUAGCUGUAACAUGCGAAAAACUCAAAACGAUGAACAUAUCACUUUCGGCUAUUGCUGCGAUAGGUGUGACAAAUCAACGAGAAACUACUUUAGUGUGGGACAAGCAUACAGGAAAACCAUUACACAAUGCUAUAAUAUGGAUGGACAUGAGGACACAACCAAUAGUUGAUAGAUUCAUGAAUAAAAGAAUUCCUAACUGUCAUACACCAGAUGAACAAAAAAGGCAUUUACAAUUCAAAUGUGGUUUAACAAUGAAUCCAUACUUCAGUGUAUUCAAAUUAGUGUGGUUAAUAGAAAAUGUACCUGAAGUUUCAAAGGCUAUUAAAGAAGAGAGGUGUAUGUUUGGUACAAUGGAUUCAUGGCUAAUUUGGAAUCUCACAGGUGGUGUAAAUGGUGGCGUUCAUAUGACUGAUGUUACUAAUGCUUCUCGGACCAUGCUGAUGAAUAUCCACUCAUUAAGAUGGGAUAAGGCUUUGAUUGACUUUUUUGAAAUACCAAAUGGACUGUUAUUUCCGGAAAUACGAAGCUGUUCAGAAGUGUAUGGUCAUAUGACCGAUGGACCACUUAAAGAAACACCAAUAUCCGGGUGCAUUGGUGAUCAGCAAGGUGCACUUAUGGGUCAGAUGUGUUUCUUGGCAGGCCAAGCAAAAUGUACGUUUGGAACUGGGUGUUUUCUAUUGUACAAUACUGGUCGUAAGCCGGUAAUUUCUACUCACGGUCUUUUAACUACUGUGGCUUACAAAAUGGGGAAACACACCGAUCCCAUUUAUGCAUUGGAAGGAUCUGUGGCUGUGGCUGGAUCUGCUACUAAAUGGUUGAAAGAUAAUCUCGGUAUCGUAGAAAAUUUCAAGAACAUGGAGGAAAUGGCUGAAAGUGUGGAUGAUACAAAUGGCAUUCAUUUUGUUCCUGCUUUUUCUGGACUUUAUGCACCAUACUGGAAAAGUGAUGCACGUGGCACAAUCACAGGGUUAACUAUGGAAACAACAAACGCACAUUUAAUGCGAGCAACUCUUGAAGGAAUUUGUUACCAGACAAAAGAUGUUAUGCAAUCUAUGGAGUCUGACACUGGCCAUCCCAUUACAGCAUUGAAUGUAGAUGGUGGUAUGUCUACUAGCAAUGCACUUUUGAAAAUUCUCACAAAUGUUUGUUGUAUUCCUAUUGUGCGUCCUAAAAUGGUGGAAACUACAGCUUUAGGUGCUGCUUUGGCAGCUGGCUUUGCAAUUGGCAUAUGGAGCAUGCACAGUGUUAAAUCUAAAUGUGACACUUUUGUUCAUACUUUAUCAGAAGAUGAUCAAAGAUCAGAGUAUGAUAUGUGGAAAAAAGCGAUAGACUGCAGUAUAGGUUGGAAUAAAGAUGACGAAGAAGAUGAAUAUUAUGAUGACUUUGAUGGUUUUUAGCUAUUUAUAAUAAUCAAAAGUUGAGUUAUAAAAUUUGUAUAUGAAUUUUUAUUACUAUUUGUGUUCAAAUUAUAAGUUUAUUGUUUAGUGCUAAAACACAUAGAGUUAAUAACAAUAUUUUAU